CCGGCCAUGGGCAGCGGGCGGGCGCUGUGCGCGAUGCUGGCCGCCGCCCUGCUGGCCGCACAGGCCUUUCCCCAGACCAACAUCAAGAUCAGCCAAGCCAUGCCCGAGCCUGUCCACGCCUACUCCUGCCCACUCUUCUGGACAGAGUACGAAGGGCACUGCUACCGCUACUUCCCCAUCAACAAAACCUGGGCUGAAGCCGACCUCUACUGCGCCGAGUUCUCCAUUGGCAUCAGGUCAGCCAAGCUGGCCUCCAUCCACAGCUGGGAAGAGAACGUCUUUGUGUACGACCUGGUGAACAGCCGCGUGCCCGGCAUCCCCACCGACAUCUGGACGGGACUCAACGACCUACGGCAGGAGGGUCACUUUGAGUGGACAGAUGGCUCCUCCUACGACUACCACUACUGGGAUGGCAGCCAGCCCGACGAUGGGAUCCACUCCAUCCCCGAGGAGGAGGACUGCGUGCAGAUCUGGUACAGACACAGCAGCGCACUGCGCUCCUGGAACGACAACGCCUGUGGCAGAGCCUUCCCCUUCGUGUGCAAGAUCCCCUCACUGGCCCUGGACUGAGGCUGCUGGGGCUGCCCACACCCCCCUUCAUCCGUGUCACCUCUCCAGCUGUGCCAGGGAAGAGCAGCCAGGACAUGGCACGGGCUGGGAGAGCCAUGGAGCUGCUUGGAUCCCCAGCCAGUCCCUGGCAGCAGGAUCCCUCCUGCGAGUAUGGUGGGGAUGAACCUGGCACUCAGCAGUGACAGGAGCUGCAUUCAACAGCAAAGGAUCCCCCAGGCCCGAGUUUGGCUUUGGAUUUCAGAUCAACUAUCACAACUUGUUAGAGGAAAGCCGUGAUUUUUACCAGCACACCAAACUGUUAGCACCCAAAAAAUAGCCGUGUGUAGGAAAUGCUUUUGCCUGUUGAGCUGCAAAGAG